AUCCACCCUAGUCAUCCUCGUGCAUAAAACUUCGCCAUCCUCUUAAUUUCUCCUCAGCCCCGCCGCAUCUGAUAGUUCUCCAUGGCACUCCAGGCCUCCUCUUUUCUCCCAUCCGGCCUAACCGCACAGAAAGAGGGGAAGGCCAAUAGAGGACUCAAGGACUCGGCCUUUUUGGGAGUUCAUUUCUCUGAGAACCGCAUAAAGUUGAGCCUCGGUUCACCUUUGUUUUCAGGCGGCAAGCACACUAGUUGCCAGUUUAUACUUCCCGGACAUCCAAAUCGGCAUUCUUUGACCAUACAGCAUCCAAACGCACCUACCAUUAUCAAAGCCCAGACGACAGCGACAGCCUCCCCAGCCAUCAGCAAGUCCUCGCCAGAAGCCAAGAAGACUCUGAGAAAGGGAAACGUAGUGAUCACAGGAGCCUCAUCCGGCCUAGGCCUAGCCACUGCCAAGGCACUGGCGGAGACCGGCAAGUGGAAUGUCGUGAUGGCCUGCCGCGACUUCCUUAAAGCCGAGAAGGCUGCAAAAUCAGCUGGUAUGGCCAAGGAGAACUACAGCAUCAUGCACCUCGACCUUGCCUCCCUCGACAGUGUACGCCAGUUCGUGAGGAAUUUCCGGCUGUCNGGAAUGCCGCUCGAUGUUUUGGUUUGCAAUGCUGCUGUCUACUUCCCCACAGCUGGUGAACCCACCUACACAGCCGACGGUUUUGAGAUGAGUGUCGGGGUCAACCAUAUCGGCCAUUUCUUACUUGCUCGAGAGCUGCUCGAGGAUAUGAAGCAGUCCGAUUAUCCUUCUCGGCGCCUUAUUAUUGUUGGCUCCAUCACAGGGAACACAAACACAUUGGCCGGCAACAUACCACCAAAGGCGAAUCUCGGAGAUCUCCGUGGACUUGCAGGCGGGCUGAAUGAGACGACCGGGUCGCCGAUGAUUGACGGUGGCAACUUCGACGGCGCAAAGGCUUACAAGGACAGCAAGGUUUGCAACAUGCUUACGAUGCAGGAAUUUCACCGGCGAUACCAUGAGGACACAGGCAUAAGCUUCACUUCCCUCUACCCUGGCUGCAUCGCCACAACCGGCCUAUUCAGAGAACACAUCGGUCUCUUCCGUACCCUCUUCCCUCCUUUCCAGAAAUAUAUCACCAAAGGCUUUGUCUCUGAAGAGGAAGCAGGCAACAGGCUUGCACAGGUGGUGAGUGAUCCAAGCUUGGCCAAGUCAGGCGUGUACUGGAGCUGGAACAAGAACAGUGCGUCAUUUGAGAACCAGCUUUCGCAGGAGGCCAGUGAUGUGGAGAAGGCUCGGAAGGUGUGGGAGAUGACCGAGAAGUUGCUCGGCCUGGCGUGAUGGCUGGAUGCUCUCUUCUUCGUUGCUGAUUGAUAUCUUCUCUGUUUCUUUUGCUUGCUUCUGCUGCUGUUGCUGGUGCAUGUUGUGAAUUUUGUUGUGCUAGUUUUAGGUGUUGUAGAAAAUAAAUGUGUGUCAGCAUUCAUUUUCCUUGGAGUAGCUGAGAUGUCAUUUCUCCUUUACUAGUUGUAGUCAGAAAUAUUUUGAAACCUUGAGCCA